AUCCCCUCAACACAUCGAGCCUCAAGCUAACACCCGUCAUGGAGAGCGGCCCGAUCUCCGUUUUCGAGCUCUUCGACACGUUCGGCUUCAGAACGGACAAGUCCGCACGGGCAAGGGCGAAGCUGGACUUCGUGCUUCGACAGGACAGUCGAGGAGACGCCGCCUUUCUCUGGACUCGUCGGGACCACGGCAACGAUAAGCACAGCGGCAAAGACAUGCUCCUUCAGAGCCGAGCGCGAACCUCGGGUGUACUCUGCGACAGCACCGUGCUGCGCGAGCGAUCGCAAUUCUUUCGAGACAUGCUCAAUAGCGGCGCUGCAGAAAGUCUCGCUCACGCCCAGAGCGUUGCGCAGCGCACGCCGCCCCUAGCAAGCACCUUCUCGGGUGGUCUGCGAGCGCUCGUGCUCACGCUCUGUUUCUGCCAUGUAUCCCAAAUCACUAAGCCUGUGAUUGUCACUGACCUUCUCUCGCUCCUCAAUGCUGCGGACUUUUACGGCACCGACGGUCUCGCUAAAGGGGCACUCAAUGCACUGUCCUUCUCUGAUGAGCAGCCAGGGCUCUCGUCCACGCUGCAAGUCUGUUUCAGCGGACCACUCUGCCAAGAGCCAAAGUUCAUUCAUCAAUGCACUUUCCCGCUGGCUCCAUGGCUCUCGCGGUGGCGAGCUUGAUGCUCGGCUUGGGUUCUUCAAGAUUCUGCAGGAGGUCUGGCCCACGCCCGAUGCUGAAAAUCUCGCGCUGCGCACAAGCAUCAUCGGCCCGCUGCUGCUUCUUUCCGACCGAGGUUCAAUUGCUUUUGAAGAGUGGGCGGACCAGGCUUCUGCAGCCACCCGCGACGGAGAG